CCGUCUGGGAAUUUUGUUGAGCUCUUCUUGACGAAUCUUACUAAUGUAUUAAAUUUCUACGCAGGUUAAUUUACUUACAUGGGUCUUGCUCGUUUUAUAUUUCUUGAGAUGUCUGCGGUCAAACGAAUUCAAUAAAUUAACUUUUAUAUCCAGUCAAUGACUUUGAGCCGAGGCGCGACCCCUACCGGCAAGUUUGAAUACACUCGUAGGUUUUCUAGUUUGUUUAUUUCUGUCAUCCCUGACAACCGAGUAAUCAAAGUGAAUGGAGUUACUAGACGAGAUUGAGCAAAAGUUGAUCUUGGAAUAACAGCGCGUUGGUCAUCGCCUGCUUUCUCUUCAAUCUGGACUUUUAGAACAAAGUGGAUAUAACAGACAUUUCAGAAGGAGGGACCUGUAUUUCCAAUAUGAGACAUAUAAAACAGUAACUGUUUUGUCAAGGAGAAAUUUUACAACGUGGACAGAAAACGAAAAAAACAUGUUAGCAUUAUGCUAGCUGGUGCUAACCUCAGACUAGCAUUUGUGGAAUGAGAGACAUGGGGACACAGCGAUGACAAAUUUAAUAAAAAGCGACAGACUAUGAACUCAUCUAAGUUUGAAAUCAACGUAGCUCCAUACACGAAGAUUUUAUUUAUAUCUGAUCGACAGCUUGGAAACUUCGAAACAAGCCCGUGAACCUAAGAAGAGUGAAAAUGUCACGUGAUGGAUAGUCAUGAGAUUUAGCGGCCAGACAGGAGAACCAUGGAACAGGUUGAGCAACCUACCUCAGAAAUAAAAUGUGACAGCCCUGUGGAACUAGCAGAGGCCCGGGGGAACGUGGAAUUGAUGGGAAUUAUGGAAGUCCAGCCGUCUCCGCAGCCAGACUUGAACUCUGCCCAGAUUCUUGAAGACACAACAUGGAUUGCUGCCCAGGAGGGCGAGUCUGUGUCUUCGGACUGUGUGAUGUCAGACCUCCAGGAGCCGGGCUCAGCGUCGGGUGAGGAGGUGGAGGGCAGCGAGGCUUCUGACACCACGGGAAUGGGGGUUUCACCCAGCAGGAUUAAUCUUAAGAACGGAAGUGGAACGGAACAUGAGAGUCCUCAGCCGAAUUGCAAAGUUUCUGAAACCGCUCAAACCUUUCAAGAUCCAUUACAGGUCCCCACGCUCUCACUGUCCGACCAGUUACGGCUAGGCCGGGACGACACCAAUAAUUUAGGUCUAAAUGUUGAAUGCCGCAUAUGUGGAGAUAAAGCCUCAGGAUUUCACUAUGGAGUUCAUGCUUGUGAAGGCUGCAAGGGAUUUUUCAGACGCACCAUUCGUAUGAAGCUGGAGUACGAGCGCUGUGAACGUGCCUGCAAAGUCCAGAAAAAGAACCGGAACAAAUGCCAGUACUGUCGCUUCCAGAAGUGCCUGGCAUUGGGCAUGUCUCACGACGCGAUCAGGUAUGGACGCAUGCCUGAAGCAGAGAAAAAGAAGCUGGUGGCGGGUUUGCUCGCAGGGGAGAAACAGCAGAGCUCUGGAGGGGCUGACCUAAAAACCCUGGCCAAGCAUGUCAACACAGCCUACCUGAAGAACCUCAACAUGACCAAGAAGAAAGCACGGAGCAUCCUAACGGGCAAGACUAGCUGCACAGCGCCUUUCGUAAUCCAUGAUAUGGACUCGCUGUGGCAGGCAGAAAAUGGGCUGGUCUGGAAUCAGCUUAAUGGAGCCCCACCAAAUAAAGAGAUUGGGGUCCAUGUUUUCUACCGCUGCCAGUGCACGACAGUGGAAACUGUACGGGAGCUCACGGAGUUUGCCAAAAACAUCCCUGGCUUUGUGGAUCUCUACCUUAAUGAUCAGGUAACGCUAUUGAAAUACGGAGUCCAUGAGGCCAUAUUUUCAAUGCUCCCAUCUCUUAUGAAUAAGGACGGGCUGCUGGUAGCCAAUGGGAAGGGCUUUGUAACAAGAGAGUUUUUGCGUAGUCUGCGCAAACCUUUCAGUGAGAUCAUGGAGCCCAAAUUUGAGUUUGCGGUCAAAUUUAAUGCUCUGGAGCUGGAUGACAGUGACCUGGCUCUAUUUGUGGCGGCCAUCAUACUGUGUGGAGAUCGUCCUGGGUUAAUGAACGUAAAGCAGGUGGAGCAGAUCCAGGAUGGCAUCUUGCAAGCUCUCGACCAGCAUCUUCAGGUGCACCACCCUGAUUCUGCUCAUCUCUUUCCCAAAUUGCUCCAGAAGAUGGCUGACCUCAGACAGCUGGUCACAGAGAACGCCCAGCUGGUUCAGAUGAUCAAAAAGACUGAAUCUGAAACCUCCCUCCAUCCACUUUUACAAGAAAUUUACAAGGACAUGUACUGAACUCAAGGACUGGAGAAUGGACUCCCAAAUUCCCUCCUGUGUGGAGAGAAUGCACACGAUUAAUGGUACUUCUGGUGCCAUGGGAUUUUUAGAAAUGCAUUUUGUAAAGAACUUUUACAAAUUUUGAGUUGGAAUACUGAAUUUCUCUAAUUGUGAAGAGUGAUUUUAAAAAAAAUAAACUCAAGUAUGUUCUUAUAUACAGGACAUUUAACAGAUAUUAUCUUUGCUACUACUUCAUUGGCUUGAUGAGGGCUAACACCUUUAGAAGUUGUCUUGUCCAUCAUGAUUUUGGUUUGCAAGUAUAUGUUAUACGUUUGUUUUUUUUUGGACGACAGAGAGCGUGGUCUCAAAAACAAGCUUUUGUCAUGCCAUUUACUGUGUGUGUUUUGUGUUUGUAGGGCUUUCAUUCUUGUGAUUCUUCUCCCUCUUGAUUAUAUUUUUUGAUUAAGCACUUUUACAUAAGUAAAAGGUAUAGUCCACAUAAAACUGUACAGCAGUCAGUUAUUUUGGAAUGAUGUUACAUUAUUUUAUUGUUUUCAGUGUCGGCUGCUACAAAUAUAUUUGAAUUGAAACUGAAAACAAAUCUUUCAAUGUUUAUUAAUUCACAUAGUUAUCAUAUAGACUAACUCUUCCUUUGACCUGAGCCUACCCCACAACAGUGGAAAACGUCAUCUUUUAUUUUGUGGUUUGGAAGGAAAAUUGAAUCAUUUCUUCUGAUGUGUUCUGAUUCGUAUGUGCUGAUCUCUUCACUGGUACCAAGACGGUACCUGUAUUACAGCAUACUAUCUGGUAUCAGUGUGUAGGUCAUACUUACCAAACUGAGACCUCAGUUACAUUUCAUUGUCUCCUUGAAAUGCAAAUGUAUUAAGUUAGGUCUUCCAUUAAUAUGUUAUAGUUUUUUUCUGCUGAAUAGUUUUAAAGGGCAAGAAAAAAGGCAUGUUGAACAUGUUGAUUGAAUAUGUUCUAUGAAUAUUUUCUGAAUGAUUGAAAACCUGCAAGCUAUGGUUUCAUUCAAACAUUAAGGUCAAACUGAUAAUAUAGUAUACAUAUACAUUUAAAUUCAUACUGUAAAUGAGUGGCCUUAAUAGAAAAGUGGUGCAUCAAUGACUGAGGGUCAUGUCAUAAAUAUGUACAUUGAACAUUUUUUUUAAGUACUUAAAUUUACCGUAAUUUUUUUUGGAAUCAGAGUGAUUUUUGGUUUACAGGUCUUGUCAUAAAACAAUCAUGAAUAAUUUAAAAUAUUCAAGUCAUAUUAAAUUUUGACUGAAUUAAAUUUAUUUGUAUUAAAAUGUGGAACAACACAUCUACCAUUUCACAUGCAGAAAUAAAUCUGUAAGUCAGAUGUUUAAGAA